AUAUGCUUCACACUAACUUUAACAAUUUUUAUCUUCUUUUUUCCUUUUUGUUCCUGCCAAUCUCCACAUAAUCAAUAAUGAUAAACCACUUUGUUGCAGUUGCAUAAAACAAAGCCAUUCUCUCUCUAAAAGAAUAGGAAAAAGAAGAAGUUUCAACUCCCUCAAGUUUUUCUCAAGUUACCCUUUUUCUUUUCUCCUUCCCAUUAAACUAUGAAAAUGGCAGAUUACUAAUCAUCCUUUCCCCUCUAUAGGAAACAUUCAUCAUUGCGCCCAACAAUCCUUUUCAACCAUAGAAACCUGUGAGCUUCCAAGAUUUGAUUUUCCUUCCUUCCAUGCCUUCUCUCUCUCAUCCUCCACCAAUUUAAAUAUCAUAGUCUCUGCAACUAUUCUCCUCCUCCCAAUUCAGCCCUUUAAAGUUCCAACCUCUUCUUGCCUCCCUCCCUCCUAUGAUGGAUGCUUCUUCCACCAACUCUGUCAAUGGCUUCUACAACUUCCUUACUCGAGGCAUAGACGAUCUCGAACGAGCUUUCUUAUCGAGCAACUUCAUGUCAAUCCAGUUCCUCCAAAGAGUGCUCUCCCUUUUAAGAUCCUCCCACAACCAGCUCACCCUUUUGGUCCAAAAACUCCACUUGCCCGUUGGAGAAAAGUGGCUUGAUGAAUACAUGGACGAGAGCUCCAAGCUUUGGGAGGUUUGCCAAAUCCUCAAAACAGGGAUUUCAGGCAUGGAAAACUACUACUCCGCCGGCCUCAACAUCAUCUCCUCUCUCGACAGCCAUCGCCAUUUGAGCCCCCAGCUUUCUCGCCAGGUAAUCCGCGCCAUAUCAGGAUGCAGGAGAGAGGCGGUGGGGCUGCAAGAGGAUAACCGGUCACUCACAGAGACGAGAAUCGAACCUCUAUCUCUCAAAUUCGACGCCAACACCUCCGUGGAAUCGCGGCUGCACGGAUUCAACGGAUUCCGCGGCGUGCUCUACGCGAUGAGGAAUGUGAGUUCACUCCUAUCAACGAUUCUCCUCAACGGAUUGGUCUAUUUCUGGCCGGAAUCGAAUUCCCCCAAUUUCAACGGAUACGACGACUGCGUCCUGUUCGGAUCGUCGCUCAUGAUCUCCACGGCGCGGCUGCAGCAGCGGGUGGCGGCGGAGAUCGGGCAAAUGGCGGCCCGGCCAGGUGUUCAGAUGUACGAAUUCCGGCGGUCGAAGGCCGCCAUGGACGAGCUGAGGUCGGAGCUGGAGAAACGGUGCUCGCAGGGGAUGGUGGAGUGGGAAUCGGAAGUUGGGGUUAGAGAGAUAGUGGAGAAUCUGAAGGGCUAUUUUGGAGUUUUGCGAGGUGGGACCGAGAAUAUCGUUGGGCAGCUUGAUGAUUUCUUCGAUGAUAUUGUUGACGGGAGGAAGAAGCUCUUGGAUUUCUGCAGCCAUAGGUAGAGAAAAUAAGAAAAAAAUGUGGUAGCUUUUUUUGUAAUGUCAAGAAAUUUCAAGAAAUGGGAAGGAUAAAAAAAAGACAAAAAUGAAAAUGUUAGGUUAGAUUUGUAGUUUGUUUUUGCACUCAUGUUUGUCUAGUUUUUACCCCUUUCCCCUUCAAUUAUUCUCAUUUCUUUUUGUAUUUUAGUGUUUAAAAUUAUUUAGGCUGGAGUAGAAAUUUUGUGAGUGAUUAUCACAAAUUUUGCUACACUUCAUUCGA